CGAAGGAGUAUCAUUCAUACAUGCUCUAUGUGAAUGUAAGUACCACACAUCAGCUGUAAUCGCCGUGCGUCGCCAAUCUAGAGCCGGGCACAACAGUAGUACUGUACAAGUUAAUUUCCCCUUCCAUCUACUACUCUCUUUCGGAAGAGCACAUAAGAAGGCAAGAGCCAAGGAAUCGGAGGGAUCAGACCAAGAGAAGCCAUGGUGCAUCCAGUGGCGGAGGCCAACGAGCGGAGCCCCUUCGGCGAGCUCACCGCCGAGGAGUUCUACGCGCGUCACGGCGUCACGCACUCGUCCUCCACCUUCGUCAACCCGCGCGGGCUCCGCAUCUUCACCCAGCGCUGGGUGCCCAGCGGCGGCGCCCCGGUCCUCGGAGCCAUCGCCGUCGUCCACGGCUUCACCGGUGAGUCCGGCUGGAUGGUGCUCCUGACCGCCGUCCACUUUGCCAAGGCGGGCUUCGCCGUGGCCGCCGUGGACCACCAGGGCCACGGGUUCUCCGAGGGCCUCCAGGCCCACAUCCCGGACAUCGGCCCGGUCCUGGACGACUGCGAGGCGGCCUUCGCCCCCUUCCGCGCCGACUACCCUCCGCCGCUGCCCUGCUUCCUCUACGGCGAGUCCCUCGGCGGCGCCAUCGCGCUGCUGCUGCACCUUAGGGACAAGCAGCGUUGGCGCGACGGCGUGGUGCUCAACGGCGCCAUGUGCGGGGUGAGCCCCCGGUUCAUGCCGCCGUGGCCGCUGGAGCACCUGCUGUGGGUGGCGGCGGCGGUGGCCCCGACGUGGCAGGUGGCCUUCACCAGGGGCAACAUCCCGGGCCGGUCCUUCAAGGUGGAGUGGAAGCGCGCGCUGGCCAUGGCGAGCCCCCGGCGCACCACGGCGCCGCCCCGCGCCGCCACGGCGCUGGAGCUGCUCCGGAUGUGCAGGGAGCUGCAGGCGCGGUUCGAGGAGGUGGAGGCGCCGCUGCUGGCGGUGCACGGCGGCGAGGACACGGUGUGCGACCCGGGGUGCGUGGAGGAGCUGCACAGCCGCGCCGGGAGCAAGGACAAGACGCUGCGCGUGUACCCCGGGAUGUGGCACCAGAUCAUCGGCGAGCCGGAGGAGAACGUGGAGAAGGUGUUCGGCGACGUCGUCGACUGGCUCAAGGCCCGCGCCACGGCCGCCGGAGCCGGCGCCGGGCUGCAGUAAGAAGUUGUUGGGUCACGCGUUCCGCGUGAGUCGUGUCAGGUAAGUAUAUUCAGGUACAUGUGCCCGUGAUAUCCGGUGAGAUCGUGUGUGUGUGUGUGUGUGUGGCCCGUGGCGGAUUCUUGUACGAGCGCAAUAAGAACAUGUGGACGCGACUUGUUUGAUGGAAUGUGAUCUGGUCCUGGUGUGUAUCCUCCGGACAAUCCUCGUCCCUGCAACUGGCCAUGGCUUCUCUUCUCAUGAAUGUUGAAUGGUCAUGGGUAUUCAUUGUAGCCAUGGUUGGUCAGUUGGGUGGAUAGUGGGGCUGCUUUUAUCUCCGUGUUAAUUCCUAUCUGCCAUCUUCUGAAUUGCGGUUUCAAUUUCUA